AUUUAGCCAAGGCGGCGGACCCGCGGUAUUUUUUUGUUAUUUUACGGUUUUUCUUCUUCUCUUCUCCGCCUUUCCAACUGGGUCUCGAUCGGUGUCCUUCCCGUCCCCUUCCGCCUCUUCACUUGGAAUCGAAUGCCUUUGCUCUCUCUCCUUCACCUUUCGAGAAUUAUACAAAAGGGAGAUUCUCUAUUGAUCUGGAUUCCUGCGAGAAAAGAGAAUUCUUUGGAUUUGCUUCGGGAAACGAGGGUUUUCUGGAAGAGAUCGACUAAUACUUUGGUUCAAGAGGGCGAGGAGCAAUGUACGACGCGAUCAUGGACCCUGAGAUGAUGAGGCUCGCCCAGGAGCAGAUGAGUCGGAUUCCUCCCGAAGAGCUUGCCAGGAUGCAACAACAGAUGAUGUCCAAUCCAGAGCUUUUGAGAUUAGCAACAGAAAGUAUGAAGAAUUUGAAGCUUGAAGAUAUGAGAUGUGCUGCAGAACAGCUAAAACAUUCUAGAACUGAGGAUAUGGUUGAGGUUAGCAAGAAAAUGGCUAAGGCUACACCUGAAGAAAUUGCAGCCAUAAAGGCUCGUGCAGAUGCUCAAAUCUCAUAUGAACUCAAUGCAGCAAAGAUGCUGAAGCAACAGGGGAAUGAGCUUCAUAGCAAUGGGCAGUAUCAUGAUGCAGCUAAAAAGUACUUGCUCGCAAAAAACAACUUAAAUGGAAUCCCAUCGUCCCAUGGUGGAACUCUCCAGUUGCAAUGUUCUCUCAAUGUAAUGUCAUGUUACCUGAAAACAAGGCGGUUUGAGGACUGCAUCAAGGAAGGGUCAGAGGUUUUGGCAUAUGACUCAAAGAAUGUAAAAGCUCUUUAUCGCAGAGGUCUAGCAUUUAAGGAACUCGGAAAGUUAGAAGCUGCUGUCUCUGAUUUGAAGGAGGCUCAUGCAAUUUCCCCUGAAGAUGAAACUAUAGCUGAUGUCCUAAGAGAUGCCAUUGAAAAACUGAUAAAGGAAGGUGGAGAUGGUAAUGUAUCACAGGGUUUGGUUAUUGAAGAGAUAGUGGAAAAAGAGAGCCCACCCAUGCCAUCAGAUAGUCAUGGAAGUGCAUUGGAGUAUUCUAUGACCCAGCCAGUUGAAGCUGGGGAGAGUUCUGAGAAAAUGAAUGGGACUUAUCCUGGUUUCCCUGCUGAUUCUGAGUUGUUACAAAGCUUCAAAGAUGGUCCUGAAACAACCAGGUUAUUCCACAAUUAUGCCUCGAAUGUUGACCCUGAAACUCUGCCAUCUCUUGGUGUGCGAGGAAUGUCACCUGACAUGGUUAAAACAGCCACAGAAAUGAUGAGCAGUAUGAAGCCAGAAGAGCUUCAGAGUGUCCAAGUAGCAUCUUCCUUGAGUAGACAAGGCCCAGAUGGUGCAAGAUUAGGUUCACAAUUUCCAGAAAUGACACCUGAAAUGGUUAAGAUGGCAUCAGAUACCAUUAAGAAAAUGUCUCCUGGGGAGCUUCAGAAGAUGCUCAAAGCUGCUGCUUCUUUGAAUGUAAAUGGUGCACCUUUUUCAACAGCAACAAGAGAAGGUCAUGCCCAAAGAUCAGAGAGUGACUCUGAAUCAUCAGUUGCUGCAGGUAGUUACUCUAUGGGGAACGACCGUGUGGGUGGCAAUUCUUCUAAUGAGCUUCUCAAUUCAAGAACAGGUCAAUCAUCUUCUAGCAUCCCAACUUCAACAGCUGAUUUGCAGGAAAGCAUAAGAAAUUCAUUGAAAGAUCCAGCAAUGCGGCAGAUGUUUGCUUCUAUGAUGAAGAACAUGAGCCCAGAAAUGAUGGCAAAUAUGAGUGAACAAUUUGGGAUGAAGCUAUCAAAGGAAGAGGCAGCAAAAGCUCAACAGGCCAUGUCAUCAUUAUCACCAGAGGACUUGGAUAGGAUGAUGCAGUGGGCAGAAUGGGCCCAGUGGGGAAUUGAAGCUGUGAAGAAGACAAAGAAUUGGCUUGUUGGAAGGCCUGGCAUGAUCCUUGCGUUUGUUAUGCUUAUACUGGCUUUCAUAUUUCAUCAGCUCGGGUUCAUUGGGGGAUAACCGCCAAAUUUUUUCAGUCAUCGACAAGUUCGAUAUCCUUGAAACAAUGUGAGGUUGCGUUUGUAACAACAGUUGCUGGGUGUCUAU